AUGGGCCUUUUUCAAGUAAAGAACGGACAAUGUCCGCCCUCAAACACAGAGCACCCUGAAGUUGACGAAGCAACUCCUCUGCUGAAGGGAAAUGCCUCACAUCAAACUUCAUACUCACAUAGAGCAAGCGACGCCGCCUCAGAUAGGAGUGUCGAUGGGAGCCUAUCAACGACCAUUUAUCUAGUACAAGAUGAGGAUGCGCUUCUCAAUCUCUCCAGGGUCAGCUCGCUACCCCAGGCACCUGAAAUCGAACCAAAUUUAGAAAGGAUCCCGCCGAUGCCUAUAGCAGACAGCGCAGAACCCACAGGCGAAGAGGGCUCUACGAGCUCUGCGCGUCAUGGAUACGCUUCCAGAUUUAUCAACGUCUCUCCGGUACGAUUUUGGCUCAUCUUCUCUGGAAUCCUAUUGGGCUACGUUAUCGGAUUCUUCGACUCAACACUCAUGGCGUCUAGCCACCCAGUCAUCACAUCGCACUUCCAUGCCUCGAACUCUGCUUCGUGGCUUUCAACUGCUUUCCUACUGACAUCGACCGCUUUUCUCCCACUUUUUGGGCGUGUCUCUGACGCCUUCGGCCGGAAGCCCGUCUACCUAUUUUCUAUCGCUGUAUUCUUUGUCACCACAGGCUGGUGUGCCAUGGCUCAAAGUAUCGGAAGUUUCAUCGCAGCGCGAGCCUUCUGUGGCCUGGGUGCAGGUGGCGUUUUCUCUAUGGGAAUGAUCCUAUCCAGUGAUCUGGUGCGCAUCGAAUACCGCGGGCUUUACCAGUCCUAUAUCAAUCUCGUCCUUGGAGUCGGAGGCUGCCUUGGACUCGCUUUUGGUGGGUUCUUGUGUGAUCAUGUUGGAUGGAGGGGUGCCUUUUUCGUUCAACUCCCCUUCAUCUUUGUGUAUUUCAUAGUCGCGGCCUGGACCACCCCGUCUGAUCUGGGGCUGAAGAGGGCGAACGCAGAGCGGCUCAGCGUUUCCCAAGUGAUAAGAAGCAUCGACCUGACGGGUUCCUUUAUCCUGGUAGUCACGGUGACUGCCCUGAUCAUGGGUCUCAAUCUGGGCGGUAAUGUGUUCGAAUGGUCCCACCCCCUCGUCAUUUCAUCCUUGGUCUUAUCCCUCGUUCUGGCCGUGGUUUUCGUGCGAUACGAACGGAAUGUCGAGCGGGCGGUGAUGCCGAUAUCACUUUUGUCGAAGCAGCCACGUGCGAGUAUUAUUUUCGGAAACUUCUUUGGUUCAAUUUCGAUUAAUACGAUGAUUUUCAAUGCUCCGCUCUAUUUCCAAGCAGUCAAGCUGGCUAGUCCCACGGAUUCUGGUCUCAGAUUGGUUGCUGCUACGUUUGCUGUUACAAUCUCCAGCGUGUCAACUGGAUUUUUGAUUACUUGGACGAAACGGUUGAAGCCAACCAUAGUGAUUGGUGGGAUGCUUCUCUUUAUCGGCGGCUGCGCUGCGGCUUCAAUCGGUAGAGACACCCCCGAUAUAGUUGCUAUGAUCUGUGUCUCUCUAUCAAGUCUCGGCCAGGGCUUCGCCUUCCCUACACUGAUGGUAUCGGUUCUUGCCACAAGCGCUCAGGAAGAACAGGCCGUAGCGACGACAACUCUCGGCCUAUGGAGAAACUUGGGGUCAGUCAUGGGAGUGGCAACGAGUAGCUGGAUAUUCCAGAAUACGCUCGUAUAUCAACUCCAGGAUCGAGUAACUGGCCCCGACAAGGAGAGUAUCAUUCUUCUGGUUCGCAAGUCGGUUCAGGCCAUCGCCAAUUUAGGUCCAGUGCAUCAAGAACAGGGUAAGUGA